AUGUCCAUCUCCAAGAUCGUAGCUCGCCAGAUCUUUGACUCUCGCGGUAACCCGACCGUCGAGGUUGAUCUCUACACUGAGAAGGGCCGCUUCCGCGCCGCGGUGCCCUCUGGCGCGUCGACGGGUGUGCACGAGGCCGUCGAGCUCCGUGACGGCGACAAGGCCAACUACGUCGGCAAGGGCGUCCUCAAGGCGGUCGCCAACGUCAACGACACGAUCGCGCCCGAGCUCAUCAAGGCCGGCCUCAAGGUCACCCAGCAAAAGGAGAUCGACGACUUCCUGAUCAAGCUCGACGGCACGCCCAACAAGGGCAAGCUCGGCGCCAACGCCAUUCUCGGCGUCUCGAUCGCCGUGGCCGAUGCCGGCGCCGCUGAGAAGGGCGUGCCGCUCUACCAGCACCUGGCCGACCUCGCGGGCGUCAAGCCGCCGUACGUCCUGCCCGUGCCCGCGUUCAACGUCAUCAACGGCGGCUCGCACGCCGGCAACAAGCUCGCGUUCCAGGAGUUCAUGCUCCUCCCCACUGGCGCCACCACCUUCACCGAGGCCAUGAAGAUCGGCUCUGAGACGUACCACACGCUCAAGAAGGUCAUCAGCGCCAAGUACGGCAUUGACGCCGUCAACGUCGGCGACGAGGGUGGCUUUGCGCCCAACGUGUCCGGCGCCGACGAGUCGCUCGAGCUGCUCUCCGAGGCGAUCAAGAAGGCCGGCUACGACGGCAAGGUCAAGAUCGCGCUCGACGUCGCCUCGUCCGAGUUCUACAAGGACGGCAAGUACGACCUCGACUUCAAGAACCCCAACUCGGACCCGUCCAAGUGGAUCUCCGGCAAGGAGCUCGCGGACCUCUACCUCGGCUACGUCGAGAAGUACCCGAUCGUGUCGAUCGAGGACCCGUUCGAGCAGGACGACUGGGAGGCGUGGACGCACUUCACCGCCAACUCGUCCAUCCAGAUUGUGGGUGACGAUCUGACGGUCACGAACCCGCUCCGGAUCAAGACGGCUAUAGAGAAGAAGGCGUGCAACGGGCUGCUGCUCAAGGUUAACCAGAUCGGUACCGUCUCGGAGUCGAUCCAGGCCGCCCAGCUCUCGCAGUCCGACGGCUGGGGCGUCAUGGUCUCCCACCGCUCCGGCGAGACCGAGAACACCUUCAUCGCCGACCUCGUCGUCGCGCUCGGCGUCGGCCAGAUCAAGACCGGCGCGCCCGCGCGCUCGGAGCGCAUGGCCAAGUACAACCAGCUCCUGCGCAUCGAGGAGGAGCUCGGCUCCAACUCGUCCUUCGCCGGCGCCAAGGGCCUCUCGGCCGGCCUCACCGCGCCCGAGCUCAUCCGCAAGUAA